GCAAUCAAUCCUUCCGGUCGUCCCGAUUUCCCGACCCCUCCCCAUCCGACGCCCGCGCGGCGUCCAGCCGCCGAACCGACGGCGCCCGCGGGGCGAUGGCACGCCUGACCCGUCAGAAUAUUCGUCGCCCUCGUCCUCUCCCCAAUCCUCACGGGACUCUCUUCUGCUCCUUCUCCCUUCCGCUCGCGGCUGGAGCCCCGAGGUGGCAAUUGCAAACGAAGCGAGGACUCCGAUUCGGCCUCCCGUGCCGCUGCCGCUCUGAUCCUAGCUGCACGCCUCUCGGCCAGGCGCUUCCUCUCCUCCCCUCUCUUAUUAGAAAAUGGCGAUUAUGGUGGAUCCUCCAAAUGGAAUGGGAAACCAAGGAAAGCAUUACUACACCAUGUGGCAAACCUUAUUUGAGAUAGACACCAAAUAUGUGCCGAUCAAGCCUAUUGGGAGAGGAUCUUAUGGAAUAGUUUGUUCAUCCAUCAAUCGUGAGACAAAUGAGAAAGUAGCAAUAAAGAAGAUACACAAUGUUUUCGACAACCGUGUGGAUGCACUAAGGACCUUACGGGAGCUGAAACUCCUUCGGCAUCUCCGACACGAGAAUGUCAUUGCUUUGAAGGAUAUAAUGAUGCCAGUACACAGGAGGAGUUUUAAGGAUGUGUACUUGGUCUAUGAACUCAUGGAUACUGACCUGCACCAGAUUAUCAAAUCACCUCAGGGGCUUUCCAACGACCACUGCCAGUAUUUUCUUUUUCAGUUGCUCCGAGGACUGAAAUAUCUCCAUUCAGCAGAGAUACUCCACAGAGACCUAAAACCUGGAAACCUACUGGUGAAUGCAAACUGUGAUCUGAAGAUAUGUGAUUUUGGCCUUGCACGUACAAACAGUAGUAAAGGCCAGUUUAUGACCGAAUACGUCGUCACCCGCUGGUACAGAGCUCCUGAGCUUCUCCUCUGCUGCGACAACUACGGCACUUCCAUAGAUGUUUGGUCUGUUGGCUGCAUCUUCGCUGAGCUACUUGGCCGCAAGCCAAUUUUUCCGGGAACCGAGUGCCUAAACCAGCUCAAGCUCAUAGUCAAUGUUCUCGGCACCAUGAGCGAGUCUGACCUAGAGUUCAUUGACAACCCGAAAGCUCGCAGAUAUAUCAAGUCCUGUCCCUACACUCCUGGUGUUCCCCUCGCAAGUUUGUACCCACAUGCACACCCGCUCGCCAUUGAUCUAUUACAGAAGAUGCUCAUCUUCGAUCCCACCAAAAGGAUCAGUGUCACCGAGGCACUUGAGCACCCUUACAUGUCUCCUCUAUAUGAUCCAAGUGCAAAUCCUCCUGCCCAAGUGCCCAUCGAUCUUGACAUAGACGAAAAUAUCAACGCAGAGAUGAUCCGGGAAAUGAUGUGGCAGGAGAUGCUCCACUACCACCCUGAAAUUGUCACAGCAAUAAACAUGUCAUGAUCCUCCACUGCCCCAGAAACUCGACAGGCUCUCUUUUUGAUAAAAGCCUACUGCGAUUAUGGCACCUAGCUAUUGUAGCACCCACAAUGUAUUUUUGGUAAUUCGCCUGUGUAAAUAUGUGCCCAAUAAGAGCGGCAUAUGAAUAGUUCUUAUUAUGGACCAUUGCUUGGUGUAUGAACUGUAUAUAUGUUCACUGUUGUACAUGUAUGAGUUCAUGAAUCACUGUUGAAGUGAAUUCAGUAAUCUGAUAAGCUCAAAUUCCGGAUU